ACAAAAAAUUCAAGAUCCUCCUGAAAUCUAAAGCUAUGGUUUUAAUGGCAGAAGAAAAUAGGCUAAUUAUGUGGCAAAGGCAGAAGAUGAUGCAUAGCUCAAAUACUCCAUUGGUAUCCUCACUAGUCUAGCCUCUGACAUGUUGCAUAGAUGCCCUGUAGUGAACUUCUAGGAGGCCAUGGGCAAGAGUUGCAUUGAAUAAGCAGGCAUUAAAAUUCAUUGUGGGAGGGAAUAUUCACAACAGUGAGACAUUCAGCUCCAUUUGAAAUAUUCUAGGUGCUUUCUAGCUAUCAAACUUAUACAUUUCUUACAUUUUAAAGUUGCUAAAUGCUAUCAACAGUGAUAAAAAUUUAAAGUCUCUGCACUUAAGGACCUUACAAUUCAAAGAAUAAGAUACAUAACAGAUGAAACAAGAAAGGGUAGAAUAUUGCAGCUGAAGUCAGAAGGCUGAAGUUCAAUUUUGAUUUUGUCACUGACUAACCAUUUCACUACUCUGAUACUUAAAUUUCCUCAUCUGUAAAAUAAGAAUAAUACUUCACAUGUUUUUUAAUGAGUUGAAAUAUGUAGAAUCACUUUUUAACUGUAAUCUGCUUACAAAUAUAAAUUAUCUCUGUUAAACUCCCAAAGAGUUUACUCCUCUGUUCCUUACUCAGCUGGUAUCUUUUGUUCUCAAAGAGAACCAAAAUGACAUCACUAUGUUAGAGUUGAGUUAUGGUGUGGCUAUGUCACACAACACACAAGUUCAGGAUACUCUGCUACAGGUCAGACACAAAUAGUCCCUGUGAACAUUUGGGGGUGGACUUUCUAGCUUUGUACAUCUCUUAUUUCUUCUGAGCUAAGGCAUUGACAGAUUGUUAGAAUGAUAGAAUUCUAAAGUCAGGGGACCUCAAGAUUACUGCAAUAUUUCCUCUAGAAACUACCUUUCAAGGAAAGAACUGCCCUCAAAAAAGGCUACAACCCAUAAACACAUACAUGACUAGAAUGCAUGCUAUAACAUCAUUAAGUAUGAGAGACAUUUAAAAAACAAAAUGUUCUGAAAUUUCUGAGAGGGAAGGUUAUCAUCAAAAAAACAAAAUGUUCUGAAAUAUCUGAGAGGGAAGAUUAUCAUCAUCUGGUGAUUCAAAAAAUGCCUUUUGAAGGAGGUGGAAUUUGAGUUGAGAUUUGAAGGAUGUAUAGGAAUUCAACAGGUGAAAAAAAGGGAAGAGGAGGCAGCAGGUUGUUUCAAUAAACCUGCAUAAAUUAUGGUCAACAUCAUAGAACAUAAUGGGAAAGAGAUACAUCAGAUAAUGAAGAAAAGGAAAAAGACUUAAAUAUGGCAGAAAUGAUGCAAGAGGAAUCUACCCCUAUGCCUGUUUCACCCAAGAAAGAUAAUCAGUUUGCUUUACAGCCCCAAGAAUGUUUCCUGUUGCGAGCAAAAGAAAAGAAAGAGAAGACCUCCAAGACCAAGAAGAGACGAAAGAAGAAAAUUUCUGAUGUUCUUGCAAAAUCAGAACCCAAACCAGGAACCCCAGAAGACCUGCAAAAACUGGUGAUGGAUCAGUUGAGCAUCAAGCAUUCAGUGAUUGAAUUAGAAGAACUGAAACUGCCAGAUUCCUGUUUCCUCCCAGCCAAUGAUCUGUCUCAUAGCCUUUCUUCGUAUCUAAAACAACUCUGUCCCAAAUGGGCCAAACUUCGAAAGAACCACAAGGAAAAGAAAUCAUUGAUAAUGCUGAUAAUCUGUAGUUCUGCACUCCGGGCCUUGGAACUAAUUAGAUCAAUGACAGCAUUCAAAGGUGAUUGUAAAGUGCUGAAGUUAUUUGCAAAACACAUAAAGAUUCAGGAGCAGGUAAAGUUGUUGGAGAAAGGUGUGGUCCAUCUGGGAGUGGGAACACCUGGAAGGAUCAAAGCACUCAUUCAGCAAGAUGUCCUUAACUUGAACUCCCUAAAGUAUCUGGUUUUUGAUUGGAACUGGAGAGAUCAGAAGUUGAGGAGACUGAUGGACAUUCCCGAGAUAAGAAAAGAAGUUCUUGAACUGUUGGAAAUGAGACUAAUAAGUCUGUGUAGAGCCGAUUCUUUGAAGCUGGGACUUUUUUAAUUCCCAAAUUCUAACGAAGAUCCAAAUUAUGACAUAAGGAUAGAAUUUGCAUCUGUAUUAAUGCAACCACACGCUGCCAAAUGAGUCAUACACAAUGGAUGUUUGCCUUUUGGGAUGCUUUAGCAAACCUGUAUCUUAUUGCCUUUUUUUGCCAGCUCUUUAUAAUAAAGUAGAACAAAUUUGUGUCGUUUUUACUUGA